CGACAACCAACAAGUUAUGAACUUUAAGGUCUACCUAGGCGAAAGAAGCAAGGCAAGCCAAAACAAGCCCCUCGCCCAACUCGACUUCCCCAACCUUCCUGUUGGUCUCAAAGGCGUCGAGAAGGUCACGCUCAGCCUCGACAUCGACGCGAAAGGCGCCCUAAACGUACUUGCCGAGCACCAAGCCACCGGUCGGAAUCUGAAGCUGGUCGUGGAAGGCGUCGGGGUGAAGGGCAAGCUGAUGGUGACAGAUGAAGAAGUGGAGAAGAUGGUUCGAGAAGGAGAAGAGCACAAGCUGGAGAACGAAGAGUCCGCCAACAGGGCUGUUGCGGCGAGUGCAAUGUUGUCUUAUGCAUGCGCCAUGACGACGAGAGGAGGUCAUCAGACGACAUAGGGAAGAUGUUGAACGAGUUUAAAGAGAAGGUGAAGGAGUUGGAGCG